AUGGUUUUGCUGCCAAAGGUGACAAAAGACAAUAAUAGGAUAAUGACAUUACGUUUGAUUGACUAUAACCCAGAUCAACUUGUGUUUGAUGAUGGUUUAAAAGUUUUCACAAUGGUUAAUGACACCUUUAUUAAGACACAAAAUGAGAAUGCCAAAUUCGCAACUGGUGAAAUUGUUGUUUUUGAUUUGCAAGGAUUAACAGCGCGACAUGUAACAAGAAUGGGAAUUUCAUCAUUGAGAUGUUUCUUAAAAUAUAUGAUCGAUGCUCAUCCAGUCAGAAUCAAGGAAAUUCAUGUUGUCAACGCUCAUUCAUUACUUGAUAAGCUGAUGUAUAUGUUGAAACCUUUCAUUAGUGCCCGUCAUCUCAAAGUAAUUCAUUUUCAUUUGCCCAACUCGACAACUCUGUUUGAAUAUAUUCCGCGAGAUAUUUUACCAGAAGAGUAUGGUGGAACAUUUGAAUCAAAUGAGUCUUGGAGAUGGUUUUGGAUUCAUAAAUGUGAAGAAAAUAGGGAUUAUUUACUUGAUGACAAGCAAUGGAUGAUUGAAGAUGACAAGGAAAACGAAGUUAAUUCGAGUGCCAUAGAAGACAUUUCGAUUGAAAAUGCUUUCAGUUACAUGGGAUUUUACAAAGUUCUUCUUGCGAGAUGUUUGAAAAUUUAUUCGUUCCGCUUGGAGAAAGCACAACAACUUUUAAAACAUUGCAUACAGUUGAGAAAGAACAGUCGCUGGUGCUUUACCAACAGAGACCCAUUGCAACCGGAGUUGAAAUAUGUUUGUGAAACUAUUGACAUGGUACAACUUCCACAGCAUACUAAGGAAAACUUCAAAGUUUGCGUUUAUCAAAUAGUUCACAACGAUGGAAGUAAAAUUGUUUUUAAUGAUUGCAUCAAAGCAUUCUUCAUGGCAUGUGAUGUUCGUUAUGUUCAACCAUUAAGAAGCUAUCAACAUCUCGAAUCUGGUGAAGUUAUAAUUUUUGACAUGAAAAACUUAACUUUAACGCAUUUAACAAAAAUAAAUUUGUCAACAUUGAGAAUGUUUUUUAAAUAUCUUCAAGAUGCGCAUCCAACGAGAAUUGUUCAACUUCAUGUCAUUAAUUGCACUCCAUUAGUGAAUAGAGCGAUGACUUUGAUUAAGCCAUUCAUUUACGAAAGGCUUUAUAAUUCUCUUAAGUUUCAUAUGGCGGGCUCUUUAGAAAGUUUAUACGAAUAUGUUCCACGAGAGAUUCUUCCAGUUGAUUUUGGAGGUGACGAUAAGUCAAUGGCUGAAUUGAAGCAGUAUUGGGUUGAUAUAUUACUUCAAUAUCGAGAAUUCCUCUUGGACGAUAAUUAUUUCAACCUAGAUCAUGUUGAUUUUGAUGACAGUUUAAUUAGUCACAGCAAUAGUGUUUUAUUAAUUUAUUCAAUCAUUCACAGACAACUCGUGCCUAUGGUUGAAAAAACUCCAGAAAAUUACAAAGUCAGCAUCUUUCGAUUAACUGACCCCGAUCCAGAAAAAAUUGAUUUCAAUCAUGUGAUAAAAGCUUUUUAUAUGGCUGCUGACAUCAGAUUAGCUUCAACAGAAGAAGUGUGGAGUGAUGGAGAAAUUCCCAUCUUUGAUAUGACAAACAUAACAUUUAAACAUUUCACAAAAAUUGUUUUAUCAACUCUCAGACUUUUCAUGAAAUAUUCACAAGAAGCUCACCCAGUCAUUGUGAGACAAGUUCACAUAGUGAAUUGUAGCUCACUCAUUAACAAAGUGAUGAUGGUUAUAAAACCUUUUUUGAAAGCAGAAGUCGCGGAGAGAAUUCAAACACAUUUACCGGAAUCUGAAACAUUGUUCAAAUACAUUCCUAAAGAAAUUCUUCCAAAAGAGUAUGGAGGCUUAGCUGGUCCCAUCAAUAACAUCAGAAAUUUUUGGAUGAGCUAUUUAGAUUCAUUUAGAAAUUACAUCAUUAACGAAGAAAACUGGCGCUUGAGAGAUUAAAAUGAUUCACAUGAGAAAUGUGAGGUCAAAAGCAGAUUUCUUAAAUAAAUUUCAAGGUCUGAAUUGUUUGUACAUAUGACUUCCUUCUUAUGAUAGGUAUUAAACUUUUGAAGUAAAUUUAUAAUUAUAAAAUCGGAGGGGC